UUCCUUCCUUCCUUCCUUUCUUCCUUCUUUAUUUCUUAAUCAAUAGGAAGAAAAGGGUCCUGGAUAGAGCAAAUACCCGCCACCCCACAAUACCUUUUGGGUCCCCUCGGUCCCAACUCCAUUCAGGCAGGAAAAGUCUUUGAAAUGAGUUCUGGUUUCGUUUUGGGCUCAGGGACUGGGUCAUGAAGAGAAUGGGGCUCAGAGGUUUUGCUCCAAGGACUGAGUCUGAAAACUAGAUUCCCCUUUUCCAAUACACAUGCGCCCCCAUUCCCCUACCCCCACCCCCACCCCCCACACAGGCCAAGCUGCUGCAGACGGCUGCGGUUCCCGCCUGACCCGGUCCCGGAGCCAACCGCGUAGACAUGCCAGUGUUUAGCACACACACACUGGGUCACACUGAACCAGGCGUCCAGGCUGCAGGGUCCGAAGUGCCAGGCGGCCUGCUGCGGCGGCGGCGGGGCUGUUGUUGUGGUUGGACUCAAUAGCUAUCCCUGAUUGGUCAGGUGCAGGCUCUUCUUUAUGGGGAGGGGGAGGCUUCGAGCACCUGCAGAUGGGGGGCGGAAAGCAGCUCGCGGUUCCCUGGGCUAGCUAGGACAUGAGGAUGACGGAGCGGCCGCCGAGCGAGGCGGCACGCAGUGACCCCCCGCCGGAGGGACGGGAGGCGGCCGAGGCCCGCAUGGCCCCCCCGCACCUGGUGCUGCUCAACGGCGUCGCCAAGGAGACGGGCCGAGCCGCCUCGGCCGAGACCCCCGUGAUCGAGCUGGGCGCGCGCGGCGGCCCGGGGGGCGGCCCCGCCGGCGGGGGCGGUGCCGCGCGGGACUUAAAGGGCCGCGACGCGGCAGCAGCGGCCGAAGCGCGCCACCGGGUGCCGACCACCGAGCUGUGCAGACCUCCGGGGCCCGCCCCUGCGCCCGCGCCGGCCCCCACCCCGGCGGAGCUGCCCGCCGACGGCCGGAUGGUGCAGCUGAGCCCGCCCGCGCUGGCGGCCCCUGCCGGCCCCGGCCGCACGCUGCUCUACAGCCUCAGCCAGCCGCUCGCCUCGCUCGGCAGCGGGUUCUUUGGGGAGCCAGAUGCCUUCCCUAUGUUUGCCACCAACAACCGAGUGAAGAGGAGACCCUCUCCUUAUGAGAUGGAGAUUACUGAUGGUCCCCAUACCAAAGUUGUAAGGCGCAUCUUCACCAACAGCCGGGAGCGAUGGCGGCAGCAGAAUGUGAAUGGGGCCUUUGCUGAGCUCCGCAAGCUGAUCCCCACUCACCCCCCAGACAAGAAGCUCAGCAAGAAUGAGAUUCUCCGCCUGGCCAUGAAGUACAUCAACUUCCUGGCCAAGCUGCUCAAUGACCAGGAAGAGGAGGGCACCCAGAGGGCCAAGCCUGGCAAGGACCCCAUCGUGGGAGCUGGCGGAGGAGGUGGCGGGGGAGGCAGUGGUGCACCUCCAGAUGAUCUCCUGCAGGAUGUGCUGUCCCCCAACUCCAGCUGUGGCAGCUCCCUGGAUGGGGCAGCCAGCCCGGACAGCUACACAGAAGAGCCUGCACCCAAGCACACAGCCCGCAGCCUCCAUCCUGCCAUGCUGCCUGCCACUGAUGGAGCAGGCCCUCGGUGAUGGGCCUGGGACCAUCCUGGGCCAGCCAGGAGGGUGCCCUCAGGCCGCUGGGACGGUGGACUUCAAGGCAGUUGGGCAAAGACUGGGCAGCUCUGAAGUAGGGCAACAGACUUGAACUUUCCCCGAUGCCUGGACUUUGGGAAGCCCAAAUUGCCCUGGGGCUGGCUUUUCACUUCCUGCCUCAGUAGGAGAAUAGAAAAUGGAGCAAAGUGGUAGGUACUUUUUAUGAAGACGGCACGGUCUUGCCCCUUCCCCAAAUCCCUAAGACUUCUCAUGUCAGAGGCUUGAGUGGCGCUGCUUUUGGCCUGGAGCUUGGGAGCCCUGUCUUUGCAGAGACCUGGGGUUGUCAGCUCUCACCUGAGGCAACCAGCAAUCUCUGCCUUGCCUCUAGCCCCUCCCAAGCAGGCUGGGGUGGCUUUGGUAGCCACUCUACCCAAAUAUAUAGGUACCCAAUCGCUGCCCAUUUCUUGAGCCCCAUCUUCACCCAGGCCCACGUUGGUCCAUUCAGCUUGCCAACUGCUGCAGAGUCAAGACUCAAGGUGCCUUCUUCAGGGCCUGGUUGAAGAAGACGGCUGGUGGACCACCUGCUCCCGGUUAGAGGGGCAGAAAAGCCAGGGGACCGAAGCUUUGCUUUCUCCCCACUGACAUUUGCCUUCCUAAUCCUUGUAACUGUGGGGACUGAGUCUGCAGCUGUGAGCAUGUCCUUUGGGCUUUUGGUGAAGGCAGAGAAAGGAAAAAAUGAGUAGAGGGAAUUGAGCAAACGCUGUUUGGGGCUCGUGGACUUCAAAUCCUGGUAGUGUCUCAGAGCUACUCGUCACUGUUCCAGCGGUGAGCAGAUGCCAGUGUGCUGAUGGAUGGGCAUGUGUUGGUGCUGAGAGGAGAUGGGAGCCCCAUCUGUGUAUUCUCCAAGAUGCUCAGAGAUCCCGCCCCACUGCAGGAUGUCCGUUAGCUAAUGGUCUGGUCGGGGUAUUGAGUGGAACUGAGCACACACUCCGUCCUAGGAAUUCCUGGCAUUUGGGAUUUUUUCCUGGCACUUGGGAUUUUUUUUUUUUUUUUUUUUUUUUUUUUUUUUUUUUUACUUCAGUUGUUGGUGGGAUCUUUAGGUAGAUAUGACCCAGGAUCCAGCUCCACUUCUAGGACAUGGGAAAUGCAGUCAGAGAUCAGGCCCCAGCUGGGACCCAAACGGAUGCACAUUCGUUCUGAGCAGAAUCUUAAACACCCUUCGUCCAUGUAGCUUUCAGUCAUCAUGGGUGUGAAUGGGAGGCUAGCUUAAUGCAAUAGGAGUGCCCCCCUCCAAAAGUUGUACAUGACAUUUUUGUAAAUCAAAUCCUUAUACUUAAUCUUUUAAAGAAAUACUACUACAAGUCCUUUUGUAAGUGAAGAAUCCUUUUGUAGAGUGGACCUCUGCCCCUCGUUGAUCUCCUGUGUCAAUCAAGUGUCGGGGUGUGGUUUUCUUAAGGCUAGGCCUGCCUGUGACCCGCAUUCAAGCCCAUGGGACAAACUGCACACAAGCCCUUCAUACCUGUCAUUGUACCCUCAAGUCACCCUAGCUGUCUCUCCCACCAGGCUCUGACUUUGAGGUCAGAGGGGAAUGAUCCAAUGGCCCAGCCCUGUCCAUGGCCACGUGGGAGAUCUUCACACGUUUUGGGUUUCAGCUCAGGCCUCAGCCUCACUGUGAUGGGGCCUCGGGGACAGCCAUAUGCAAACAGGGAAUGACCCCUGCUCCCCUCCUUUUCCUUUUAAGUUGUGAGGAUUGGGAACACUGUGGUUAACCUUUGUAGCUCUCUGUCUGUCUCAUGUCAGCUGCCCCAAAUCAUAUUUUAAUGAAUGUUAGGAUGAGUUCCUUUCCAGUACUUGGAAGCUCCUGUGAGGCAUCCCAUCUGUAAAGAUGGAACACCUGUCCUAAGGCGGUGCUUGCUUCGGGGCCACAGUGCGGAUGGGUGGAUGGGCUUUAGGAGAUGGAUCACACAUUCUGUCAGGAACUCAAGCUUCUGGCUCCCUUUCCUCUCACAAGUUAUUUCUAAGUGUCAGUUUCCCAUCAAUACCCUGGCCCUCUGCCCCUAGGACUGAAUGGACAUGAAAGUAGAAGCGUUCUGAGACCAUAAAGAACUUGGUUGCCCUUAAUCCUGAGGUGGGGUUUCCAACCCUUAGUUCAAGGUCUAGGCAGUCGGCCAGGUUGCUUGACCACACAGCUUGGGAUAAUGUAGGUUCUGUCCCACUUUUGCCUGAGUUAUCUAGAUUGUUCUCAUUUCUCAUAAUUGACCUCAUUUCUGGCUCAUUCCAAGGCAAGGUACAGGAAUGAGAAUGCAUGAGAUACGGCAAGAUGGGAAGAAUAUGUAAAAUGUAAUGCAACCACCUAACACAGGCCUGAGUAGGGAAGCACAGGGCUUUAGGUUUUUGUAAGAACUAGACAAGAUCCAUAUUUUAUUUUCAUUUCCAACCCUUCAACCCCAUCAUACCCUCUCCCUCCCCUGCUUCCUCCUCACCUAUGAAGAAAUAGCAACAUUCCAAGAAUAAUAUCUGUACAAAAGGGAAAUCAUGGGAAGAUUUAAAAACAUGAGAAUAAAAAUGAUGGGGGACUCCCAUCUUUUAAGAAAAAUGUAUAUUCUUUUAUUUGUAGUGGCAAACGACAAGAUGGUACAACCUUUAUCUUUUUCCAAAAAAAACCAAGGGCACAGAAUCUGUAGUCAGCCUACAACUAUCUCGGCCUUUGGGGGGUGGUCUGGUCGUACUUGUGAUGCCAGUGGUACGUGGCCCCCACUGAAGGCUUGCCCCUGCCCAUGUACAUAGCGCAGUGUUCCUGUGGGCGGGCCCAGCACUUUCCGUCAAUGUUGUACUGUACGUGAUGAACUGAUGAAUUACGUUGGUCUCUGCAUUUUUCUGCAGAAGAGGAGUAAUCGCUCCAGGUACCUGACCUUUGUACAGCCCAGAGGCCAACACUGUGGGCGUGUGACUCUAGCGACAAAACCCAUGUGGUGGUGAUGUGUGUGUAUAUAUAAGGAUAUAUUGGGAAGAUUUCUAAAUAAAAGUUUUACAAAGGGG